GUUCUCUGUCUCACAGCCUGGGUUCUCCGUUACGCCCCGUCCCAUUGACGGGAAUUUGGGGCUGGGCAGGCAGAUUUGACUAUAAAAGUUUGCAACGUUGACGGUGAGCGCAGAAUCGGAGCAGAGGGCAGUCGGCGUGGGGCAGCCUGAAGAAGAGAUGGCACAAGCGCUGGAAGUGGCAAGCACAGAUCUGCAGUGUCAGCUCAAUAACACGGCGCACAACACGGCCGAUUUUGGCUUCAGGCGGCUGGUUCUGAGACGGGGCGCUCGUUUCACCAUCACUGUGAAGUUCACCUCCAGAGGCUACCAACCACAACAUGACCAGAUCUCCUUCAUCGUGGAAACAGUUUUGGAUGCUUCAGAGGCAUCUGAAAAAGUCGAGUUUCAACUUUCAAGUUCAGUGACUGAAAACUCGUGGAGUGCUGCCCUUGGAAACAAUGCUGGGAGUCAACUCACCCUGUCCAUGUGUUCACCAUCCACGAGUAAAAUCGGCCGCUUCUCCUUGAAGAUGGUGUGCACAACACAGGGCUAUUCUAGGCAGUUUCAUCUGGGAGAAUUCAUCAUCCUCUUCAACCCCUGGUGCUCAGCUGAUGCUGUCUUCCUAGCUUCUGAGGAUCAGCGCAGGGAAUAUGUGCUGAAUGAUCAGGGGUUGACGUAUUACGGUACAAAUAAAAACAUUUCAUCGUUACCCUGGAACUUUGGGCAGUUUGAAGAUGGGAUUUUGGAUAUUUGCCUGAAAAUCUUGGACAACAGCAAAAACUACCUGGAAAAUCCAAAGGAAGACUGCUCCAAGAGGAACGAUCCCGUUUACAUCAGCAGGCUUGUGACUGCGAUGGUGAAUUGCAAUGACGACAGGGGGAUACUGCAGGGAAGGUGGGAUGGUAACUAUUCACAUGGAACAGCUCCAACAACGUGGAUUGGAAGCAUUUCCAUCCUUCGUCGAUGGAGCAACUCCGGAUGUCAGCCUGUCCUCUAUGGCCAGUGUUGGGUGUUUGCUGCUGUGGCCUGUACAGUUUUGAGAUGUUUUGGAAUUGCCACUCGGCACAUCACCAAUUUCAACUCUGCACAUGACACGGAGCAAGAUUUACGAAUUGACUCCUUCAGUGAUGAGAAUGGAAGAACCUUGAACAUAAUGAAAGACAGCGUCUGGAACUUCCAUUGCUGGGUGGAAUCUUGGAUGACACGGCCUGAUUUGAAGGCAGGCUAUGAUGGUUGGCAAGUACUGGACCCCACUCCACAGGAGCGGAGUGAAGGAAUCUUCUGCUGUGGUCCAGCUUCUCUCAAAGCCAUUAAGAAUGGGGACGUUAAUCUGAAUUUUGAUACUCCAUUUGUCUUUGCUGAAGUCAACGCAGACAUGGUGUCGUGGCUAGUCCGAAAGGACGGUUCAAGGACAAAGAUUGACGUUAACAGUCGAUUAAUUGGUCAGUUCAUCAGCACAAAGGCCGUUGGCAGCGAUGACCGUGAGGAUGUCACACACAAUUACAAGUAUCCAGAAGGUUCUGAAGAAGAAAGGAACAUUUUCCAUAAAGCCAACAAGUCUAUCAGUCUGCCCAAUGAGCCAAAGAAACCAUUCUCUGUAAAACUGAACGCCAACAGGGUCAACGUGAACGGGAGUAAUUUUGAAGCCUCUUUUGUUGUCUCGAAUCAGUCCUCAGAGACAAAGAAUUGCAGGCUUUUGCUCUGUGCCCAAACCACCACGUACAAUGGGAAACCAUUUCAGGAAUGUGGAUGGAAGGAUCUGGAGAACUUCACAAUUGGACCUCAAGAAGCGAAGACCGAGACCCUUCAGGUGAAGUACACAGACUACAGCGGGCGCUUAACAGAUCACAAUCAGAUCUGCAUCACAGGCCUUGUCAUUGAGUACAAUACGUAUGAAGUACUGGUUGCCAAAAAAGUGAUCACGAUGCAGAAUCCAGAACUGCAAAUUAAGAUUCUGGGAGAACCAGUACAGUACCGAGACAUGACGGCAGAGAUUUGCUUCACCAACCCACUGCCGGAGAAUGUGUGUGAUGGGUUCUUUCUGGUAGAGGGAGCUGGCCUCACUGAGGAACAGAGGCUUCCGUGCCCGGUUCAGUCCAUUGGCCCAGGCCAAGAGGUGAAGAUAAAGGCUAAAUUCACCCCUCAGAAAUCAGGCCAGAGGAAACUGCUUGUGGACUUCGACUGCAACAAGCUGAAAGAUGUGAAGGGUUCCAAAACCGUUAUUAUUAAACCGUAUCACUAAUAGCAACCUGCUGAAGGAAGUGUUGUGUCUGAGAUUGCACCUAUAAGAAGAGCUGGGGAAAUGAGCAGAGAUUAAAUCUUGCAUUCCCUUGUCUUUUAAAAAAUACUACUUUAAUCAUGAAUGAUCUUUGAAUGAUAAAAUGAACCACUGUUGUGUAGCUUUGUUCCAGUUUUCUCCUCAUCUCCAGAGGGACAAGACUGAUGCUUUUAGUGUAGGGUUUGUGUGGCAAUGGGGAAGCAUGGGUUUCCAAUAAAACUUCAGAAUGCCUGUUAAUUCUUUUCUCUCUGUGUAUCCUGCCUGACAGCUCACCUUCUUGAUAGGCUGGCAGCCUGUCAGAUAGAAAAGCCUCAAAACUAGGACCACCAAAAAAAAAGACAGAAGUUGGUAGGGGAGCACAACUGCAGCAAGGGCGGGUGAGCUGGGGUCAAGUGGUGCAGGCCAGAGAUUGGGCUGGGAUCAUACAUUGUAACUGAGGGAUAGAACAUGUAAUGGCAGGACAUGGUUGGCAGCUGAGUGCUUCCAGCAUCUUAUUUCAGAUUUCCAGCAUAUGCAGUUUGGUUUUGUCUACUGGUGAUAGUCAGGAGAGUUAUGUAGAAUGUACCCAAGUAGAACACUUGAUCCUUCUGGUUCACGUGGCGUGUUCUCAACUUCCCCAGUUAUCCCUAUCCACAUAAUCUUCUACCCUCUGCUUAUCUCUGCUUUGUUGCCUUUAACUGAAACUAAACUAUAUUGUGAGCCAUCUGCCUUUAUCUUGGGAGGGAAGAAUGUAGUUAGAGAGUGGGAAUGGGAGGGGACUGCUUGGCAGCAGGUGGGAACCGUCCUGAGCCACAGGGCUGUGCUGUAACGGAGCUUGGCAGCAGGCCAGCAAUAGUCCCCUGCCUGCCGGCCAAAGCCUCCUGUCUUUGAGACCUAAAAUUUCUUCCAAACCUGUGGUCUCUGUAUUUGCUUUUGUCCUGUGUUUCCUCCUUUUAAGACACAGCUCAUCUGAGAGGAUGCAGUUCUGGACUUCGUUGUCCACCACAGCCCAAUGGGUAGAGGCCUUUUUGUACAUGAGGCAUCAGUUGCUGAUUAACAACACUGGGCAUAUAUUAUAGAUCACUUAAAAAGAAAAAGCAAUUGAAGAUUGGGUCAAGCUAUUUGAUGGCACUAAUAGCCAUUCAAGAAUGUUAACACUGAACCAAAUUAUCAGAAUUAAGCCAGUAACAAUUCUUUCUCUGGAAGCUUAUUCCAAGUCCAAUCCAUCAACCUGAGCUCAUAAUCAAAAUUGGCACAUUAGUGUGGUACAAAGGAUUAAGGCACUAUUUGGAAAUGCUAUCAUUGAACCUUGGUCAUUUAUUACAUUGUUUGUGUGACAGUCCUGUGUCCAAAGAUUGCUGCAGUUCCUCACAUUAUAACAUCGACCAUAUAUCAGGAGCGUUUUCCUGACUGUGAAGUGUGUUAAGGUGUCCCAAGUUUGUGCAAGUUAGGGUACAAGUACAAAUUCCUUCUUUAAAUCAGCUUCAGAGACUGCCCAUCUUUGGAAUGUCAACUGAGGUCAAGAAUUAUGAUUCUAUGUUAUUUUAUGCAACAGCAAUUUCUUUAUCAGGCAUAAAUCUGAGCUUUGACUGGGCAAAGUCCUUAUUAUUUUUGUACGCUAUUCUGCUUUUCAGAUUUUCUUCUCUCUGCUUCAGCAUUAACAUUUUAUAAAACAUCAUAAUGGAGUUUUGCUGAUUAUGUAAUCAAUAAAAUAUUUUAC